AUGGUCCGCAAAUUCUUCGUUGGAGGCAAUUUCAAGCUCAAUCCCGCCAGUCUCGCAGCAUCUACGUCGCUGAUUGAAGGCUUGAACAAGGCCGAGCUCGACCCAGAGACAGAGGUCGUCAUCGCCCCGCCGUCCAUCUACCUGAUCCCAGUGAAGGAGAGUGUGCGCAAGGACGUCAAGGUCGCUGCGCAGAACUGCUACUUCAAAGAGUCUGGCGCGUUCACUGGGGAGAUCAGCCCGAAGCAGCUCGUCGAUGCUGGAAUUCCCUACGUCGUUCUAGGCCACUCUGAGCGCCGUACCCUGUUCCACGAAACCUCCGCACUGGUCGCUACCAAGACUCGCGCCGCAAUCGAUGCUGGCCUAAAGGUCAUUCUUUGCAUCGGCGAGACCCUCCAGGAACGUGAAGCCGACAAGACCGCGGAAGUUUGCCAAUCCCAGCUGAAGGAGGUUGUCGAUGUCCUCAAAGAGGCGGAUUGGAGCAACAUCGUCAUCGCCUACGAACCCGUCUGGGCUAUCGGUACUGGCAAGGUCGCCACGACCGCCCAAGCACAGCAAGCCCACGCCGACGUCCGCUCUUACAUCGCGAAGGCGGUAUCACCCGCCGUUGCGAAUAAUAUCCAAAUCUUGUACGGCGGUAGCGUUACUGCUGCUAACAGCAAGGAGCUCGCGCGUCAGCAAGAUGUCGACGGAUUCCUUGUCGGAGGAGCCUCCCUCAAGCCUGAAUUCGCCGAUAUCAUCAACGCCAGGAAAUAA